AUGACGCACACAGAUAGCGCGGGUGCAGCCGGUGCUUGCCAUACCGAUGUGGAUGUGCAGCGAGAUGGGAGUGAAUAUAAACAAAAUGCUAGCGUUUACGAAACAAGUUCUGUUGUGCAGGAGAAUGUGUCCGAGGAACGGCGACCCGGAGAGGAGUGUUUUCUGCUUGAUGCUGCGGCCAAAGCUGCGGGUGAAGUAUCCUCGUGGACAUCAAAACACCAUAUCUCGGACACGAUUCGGUACGUAGAGCCUACUGACCCAUCAAGCACAGUCCACAUUUCGAACAAGAAUACUAAUGUG